GCUCCAAUGUCAAUUUUGAUUUGAAACAGAGAGCUCUUCCCUGAUGGUCUAUGUUGGUGCUCGCGCCCGUACCUGUACUUCUCCGUGGAACGAAGAGAGUGUCGGGUCGAGUGCUCACAACCACAAUGCCAGCGACAGCUAAACUUUGGAAGGCUAAGAAAUACCUAAUGUGCAUUAGCAGCACCCGGAAAGUGGCUCUGGAUGUCUUGAUCCGCUACUAAUAAAUCCGGGGUACGUAAACUUCCCUAGCAGUAUCCAAUUUCUUAGCCCCAGUAAACUUUCCUGUUGGUGUGUCGGAUCUUUUUUUAUUCACCAGGUCCUGAUGACGAUCUUUCAACUUUCAACCGGAUCAUCUUUCAACUCCAGAAAAUCGAACGAUUUCUACUGCCAAUGUGAUCCCAAUUUUUAAUAUCACAUUUAUCAAUCAACAAUCCAAUCCCCAAAUUUCAAGCUCCCAGGACCAUUUUCCGACCGCUUCCAAGAUGCGUAAAGGGCCUCGUCCGCAGCAGCCUGAUGAUUCAGAAGCAUCGAGUACCAAAGAGAAAGGAAAUCCAAUAUCAACACCAGCUACGAACGGAAAAGGCAAGCGGGUGGCAAGCAGUGCAGUUAAUGCAAAUCUAUCGGGCCCAAAUAGCACACCCAAUGCGUCUAGUACUAUGGCAGGAGCUGUGGGAGGUAGCAAUACCGACGGGAACUCUAAAAUACAGUGGUCGGAGUUCGAAGCAUCUUUUUUGCACAGCUAUCGAUACGAAUACGGAUUAAACACACCUGCUGCCUUCAACAGUGCAUACAAUCAAACGGUUCUCUCUCAAUCGAGCAUCGGCCGCAUGUCACCAAGUAUGGUCCGUAAGAAUAAGAGGCAGAGCAAAGAACAAUUGGCCAACGCGGUACGCAAGCACUUCAACAGUCAGUCGGUCAACGAAAACGAAUGCGUGGCCAAGACCUUAUAUAAAGUUCGAUAUCAGGACAAGAAAUUUCGCAUGAGAUUCAUGCCACAGGCGCGGCCUAUGGAGCGGUCUCAGCCAGAACGAUCCGCCUAGCCAAAGUACAUACAACUGCUUGUGAGCAAAUUGGCUUCUAUUCAAUCGAUAUGCAGCGACUGCCAUCCUAAUUUAAUAAUACAAUGAACAUACGACGGAGGGGAAUGAAUUGCUGGUGUUAUAAGGACAAUAGGGUUAGACUUGUAUAAUACAUUGUACAAAGCACUUUACGAAGGGCCUUUUCAUUUAGGGAGUUGGGGAUUACGAGCUUUUCACUGUGGAGUUUAGUUAUUUCAAAAUAAUGACCGUUAUGACCAAUGGACAAUAGAAUGGAAUCAGUACUUUAAACUAAUCAAUCAUCUAUUAAUGGAUCAAUGGAGAGAUUUUGUUUUGCGUAUCAAAACUUUUGAUAACUUUCAGCCUUGUUGCGAUUUGUAAUAAAUUACUGGGGUCA